UCGCUCCUGUGCACCGCAGGUACGAGAUGCGAGUCCCGUGGGACAACCAGUGGGGCACCUCGACGCCGACGGGGAACUGGACGGGCGUCGUGGGGACACUCCAGCACCACAAGGCCGACUUCUCCAUGGUGCUCUCGUGGAUGUGGGGCCGCCGUCAGGUGGUGGACUACACGAGGAUCUAUCUCUCGGAACCCAUCGUCAUGAUUAUGUCCAAGCCACGACCUCUCCCUCAGUACCUCGCUCUCAUACGGCCGAUGUCGGGCGAGAUCUGGGUGGCAAUAUUCGUCUCGAGUGUGUCUGCGGGCGUGAUCCUGUGGAUACUGCAGAGGUCGUGGGCGUCGUUCUCGGGCAACCCCGGCCUGUCGCUCUCCACCUCCAUCCUCUACACGUGGAGCAUCCUGUUCGAGGAGCCUCCCCCGCACAUCCCCACCAACAUUUCGGGGGAAGUGAGUGUUUUUUUUUAUAUAUAUUAAGAGAUUCAUUUUUGUUCAUGUGUGUAUUUU